UCAAAGUUAGCACCCAAUUUUAUAGUAUUACAACGCCGAGAAAGACUUCAUUGGGUUUUACGAGCGACUGCCGACGGACAAACUGGAACUAAAAAUAAAGUACUUUGGGUUCCCGGGACUUUCAGAUACUGAGGUCAACUCCGGAAUCGCCAUAAAAGAGCAGGUGGUUGAUGUAAAUGCAAGUUUGAGUGAGACAGUGGAUCAACAGACAGGCGACAAAACAUAUACAUUCGACGUCUUGAAGGAGUUCAAUCAAUUACACAUAGCAGAAGCUAUACAGACAUUUCUUGCAGCUAAUAUUGAUUUCCAAAUACACUCGGUCCGCGUUCUGGAAGCUGUCAGUAAAGCUCAAUGCCUCAGAAUUAAGGGAAAGGUUAUGUUCACUGAUAUGGACAACAACGGACAAGUGAACGUGGAGCUGGAAACGCUAACGACCAGAAUACGGUGUUCAGAAAUGGACUACUCAUUACCAGAGCCAGUCCUUGAGAACACUUCCCAGUCGACCGCCGCCGCUGUCAUAUUCUUUAGCGUCCUUUCCCUCUUGGCGGCUUGCUAUAACAUCACCUGGGGAGUUGUGGCUUUCUUUCAAACAAAGUCUUACAUGGUCCGCUACUACAAGAAGCUGUUCAUGCCAGUCAACAAGGACGAGACCGACUUACCCCGCUCUGAGUAUUUCCGUUUUCUAAAGAUCUGGGAGAUCUUCAUUCUGGUGGCCGAUGUCAUGAAUAUAAGUGGUUCCGCCGCGUUAGUCGACAUUGAGAACCACACCUUUGAGUUAUCGACUUUGGACUUUAACACUGUCGUGCUGGGAAUCGGUUGCUUUCUGACCUGGUUCACACUCCUCCGGUUCUUCAAAUUCCAUAACAAAUUCCACCUUUUGUUCAGCACGAUCUACAAAGCAUUCGGUAACGUGGUUGCGUACAUGAUGUGCGUCGCGAUCCUCUUUGUCGGCUUCUGGAUCUGUGGAUACGUCGUCAUUGGCCCGUAUCACGUGAAGUUCAGUACGCCUACGACUGCCAUAGGGACUCUGUUUUCUGUCAUUUAUGGUGACGAAAUAUACGCUUCCAUGGCCAUGUUGGAUCCUGGCAAGACCAGCAAAUACGUGUUCUGGUUCACCCGCGUAUACAUCACCAUCUUUGUCGCAAUAUUUACCAUUGUCGUGAUCAAUCUUCUUGUUGCGAUCUUUCUCAGUGCCUAUGAGUCCAUCCGGGAAUACUACAAACAGUCACCAAACGACCGCGACCUGGGACCAGUAGAGAAGUCUCUCCGGAAGUUCCUAUCUACGGAUGACCAGGAGCGCAGCAGCCUUCGUGACUCGAUAUAUGAUCUCAUGAAAGACAGCGACGAGCGGUCCGCAGAGGAGAAGGCGUUCCGGACAGAGAUCCUGAAAAUUGUACGGGUGGACCGGACACCCGACCGCGUGCGCAUCCUGAUGCCAAGGACGCUGAAAGCGUUUAUGGAGAUGGAAGAAGACGGGAAGGGUGUGAUGGAAUGUCGGUGCUUUAAGUGCGAGGUCGCCUUCAUAUGGUGGAGAAACAAAUAA